AAAUGUGUGACGCCACCAGGGUCAUGAACAUCACUGCACUGGAUGAUGGUGUUGGCGCAGACAAACUGACCCUCAGGCUAACUGAAGAGGAGGUCAGCCAAGGAUUGUGGGAAAUGAUGGCAAUUGAUGACACCACAGCUACCCUCAUGGCCAAGGAGCCCUUGUCUCCAGGUGUGUACCGCAUCACGCUGGAGGUAUCGGACGUGCAGGGUCUCACCUGUCCAGACGCUCAGACACUGGAGAUACAGGUGUGCACCUGUGACAAAGGUGGAAGAUGCAACUCCAAGAAAUCCCAGGAGGAGCAAACCAGCUCCUCCGUCAGAGUGGGAAUGCCCGCUAUCGCUCUCAUGCUAUUGGGCGUGGGGUUCCUGCUGUGCAAAUCAUCACCCACCGCCGCCAUCGACACGUCACAAGACAAGAAAGACAAGAGGAACAUUGGCACUUGCAUCAGGUGUAGAACGCAGAGCGCAGAUUUCGAGUACACACUGUCAGGCACAGAUUUCGAUUUCACACUGUCAGAAGCAGAAAGUCUAGAAAGUGUCUGACUAUUCAUAUUAAGGGGCAAUUUUGUUAUGCCCUUGUUCUUCCUGUCACUGCUUUUGUAUACUGCCGUAGGUAUUUUUUUGCUACUCAUAAAUACUGAAUGUUCAUU